AUGAAGGAGUUCAAGGAUGCUGUGACUAGUACUUCCCAUUCUCCUGCUGGAGAUGACCUGCCAAAGAUCCAUCCAAAAGCCAUCAGACCAGAACUGGAACAAGCGAUGAAGCUACUGAAAGAGUUUGAUGGCAAUGCCUUGCUUCGAAGCACUGUGGGAGUAGCUUCUCCAUCGGUCAGCGAAAGCCCAGUCACGCCACUCACGAUCGACUUACAAGGCCUGGUCUCUAUGCACGAUCCGCAGAAGACAUCGAUCCUAUAUAGCGCUCCACAUGACCCCACGGAGCGACUAUAUCCCUUCUGCUUGGCUGUUCAGAAGCUUUUCAAGGAUGCGGGUUUUCUGGUCGACGAUAAUCGAGAGCUGACACUUCAUGCCACGAUCAUGAAUACCAUCUACGCCAAAGGCCGAGCCAAGCGUCCUCCGAAGAACACUCAACGACAGCAGACGCCCGAGCCUGACCAGAGUGCAAGGGCAUCCGCAGAGGCGCCAGAAGGUCCAGCGAUCAACGAUCGUGCUGCAGGCCAUGGACCAGAAGCGGAUGCACCCCUCAAGAUCGACGCUACUCAUUUACUUGAGCAGUACGAGGACUUCGUGUGGGCCAAGGACGUCAAGCUAGAUAGAAUUGCGAUAUGUGAGAUGGGAGCUAAGAAGAUCACGGAUGCUGAGUUUCGGGUGGUGGAUGAGGAGUACAAGGAAAUGGCGAGGGUGGCUAUCGGCUGA